AUGAACAGUCUGAGAGUAUGUACAUUGCUUACACUCUCCGCUUGUCUGCGAUCGAACGCCGCCAAGACAUCCUCUCAUCAAAGCUACAAGCCUACUGGCUACACGCAAGAUCCUGUGUGCAUUCGCAACAACUGCGUGAACCCACUUGUGCCAGCUUUGGAGGAAUUUGGGUCCAACGUCUUGGAAGACUAUGAAGCCAAGUCUUGGAAUUGUUUGGAAGGUCACGAGCAGGAUGGCAGCGCCAGGAUGUUAAUGCGCGGCAACUUGAGCCGGCAUGCUGGCUUUUGCGAAAGAGCAAUCUCCUCCUACUCGUUUGCCGUGCCGCAGGAUGCCGACGGGCACGAGCGGGUCAUCCGUGCGCAGAUGCAGAGAGCUGUGAGCAGCUACGUGGCUCACUUGCGGGCCAUCGGUCGGGACUUUUGGGAGUACCAGGAGCCGUGGAAAGAGGAUGCUUGCAUCCAGGCCAUAUGGAAGGUAGCAUGCUACACUCACUUCCCGCGCUGCAACGAGAAGGACCAGGCUAAAUACCUUCGACCAUGCGCAAGUGCUUGUCAAGGAUACCUGGAGGCUUGCCAGGUCAACUGUUGUGACGACGGCACCAAGUGCGUCUUCACUCAUCACAAGAAGAUGUCCGAUGGCAGCUCCCUUGUUGAGAAGGGCUACGAUCAUCACACAGGGCCGUCGCCGUUCUGCACAGGCUAA